UGAUCGUUUAGUUAUAAUUAUGUUGGGUUUGGCCAUUUGCACUAUUUUUAGUGUAAAAAAUAUUCUUGACAUAGAAAAUAUUUUUACGAAAAUGGCUGCAUUUAAAUUAAGUUCUAAAUUUAAAGAAUUGCGUAUCUUAUUAUGUCAAACAUCAGAAGCUAGUGCAGGUGCAAGACAGUUUAUCGAACAAAAUUAUGUCAGUUUAAAAAAAGUAAAUCCUACCCUACCAAUUUUAAUUCGAGAAUGUUCAGAUACGGAACCGAGGCUUUAUAUUCGUGCUGGAUGUGGCAAAGAAACGUGUAUUCCGCUAGCCAAUCUCAAUGCAGAUGACAUUGUUCAACACCUUAAACAACACACAGCUUCUUGAAUUUGUUACAUAGUCAUUAAUUAAAUAUGUAUUAUAAUUUAUUAAGUUUACAAAUAAAAUAGCUCCUUUAUAGCUAAUGAAUGUUAUCAAUAUUCUAA